UCGCUGUCCUAAAUGCUGUAAAGCACGGCUGUACUUGCUAAUAGUACUCUAUAUCAACAACAGGAAUACAGGUUCUUCUAUCGUAUAUUAUUAGAUGCCAUAGACACCCACUGAGUGUUCCGGAGUAGCUUCUCUUCUCUCCUAGUCAAGUCUCAGAUAACAGUGCCCCGCUCCGACAGUUUCACUCUACGACAAUACUCCUACCACUCUGUACACCUACUGCAUAUCCAUUCAACACCAUGCAGCUGGGUCUCUCGGAAAGUCUUCCUGCGCUGGUCGCUCGGCGCUUCCACACGGCCAAAGAUGCAGGCCACCUGGUCUUCUCGCCGACUCAAUUAACCACCCUCCACGUGGGGGGCAUUCCAUAUCAACUCCGCUACUGUCCAGCUCUUGCAAAGAAACCGUCGGCGAAACCCACCGAUCCCCCUCCCGGACCCAAGCCGGACCCCUUCGAGGAUCCCUCCGCGGACCUCCUCCUUGCCCGUAUCCCCGCCGAGAAUCCGACCCACACGCUGGUGCUCAACAAGUUCCCUGUCAUUCCCAACCACUUCAUCCUCGCGACCUCGGCAUGGAAGGCCCAGACCGAUCUGCUGGAAGCGCGCGACCUGGAGGUGACAUAUGCGUGCUUGAAGGCGUGGGAGGAGACCGCCAGCCAUGGCAGCCACGGCAGCCACGGCAGCCACGGCAGUCAUAACGGACAGAGGAACAGGAGAUUGUUUGCGUUUUUCAAUUCUGGCGAGCACAGCGGGGCAAGCCAGCCGCAUCGCCAUCUGCAGUUCCUGCCUGUAGAAGAUAUGCGUGGUGAUGGGGGGGAACCCCACGACGAAGCCGGCUGGCAGCCCUUGAUCGAUUUGAUCUCGGCUGCUGCAACAGCACCUCACUCUGCCUCUCAUUCGGCUGCUUCUUCACCUCCCAUGCCCCCCUCAGAUCGCAGCGAAUACCUGCACCUCCAUUCUCUGCCCUUUGCGCACUACGCUCUCCCCAUCCCCGCGGACCCGUCCCCGGAAACCCUGCACGCCACGUAUCUCUCGCUCUACAAUGCCGCUCUGGCCGUGGCCAAGCUCUUCUCAGAGGUCUCCCGCGAUCAGGUCGACAGCUCGCUGCCCUUGACGCAAGGCCCCGCCGCCGCCAUCAGCUACAACCUCUCCAUGACCGUCGACACGAUGCUCAUUUGUCCGCGCCGUAACGAGACGGCCUCUGUGCCCGUCGACUCGACUGCCCGCGACCAAGUCCUGGGUGCAGGCCAGAUCUCCUUGAACGGCACCAUCCUCGCCGGCACGUUGAUGGUCAAGGCCCACGCCGAAUGGGACCAGCUGCGCAAGAACCACGAUACCCUUACCCAGGUCUUGACUACCAUUGGCUUCCCGAGAUCAGAUCGACACGAGGUGUCUUUUCUGUAGGUCUAUUUCCUGAAGAAACCACGUUUAUAGUUCUAGUCCUGUCUAUGAUGAAGAUACACG